AUGGAACUACUUAAAAUAUUGUUUGUUACGGCAUUAUGUGUCGCCGGAUCGAGCGCAAAAAUCAAGGAAGAAGAUGGAAUUAUGAUAGUUACUAAAGAUAACUUUGAAGAAGUUAUCGAAGACACGUAUGUGCUCAUUGAAUUUUAUGCACCAUGGUGUGGAUCUUGCACGAAAUUCGCUCCACAAUACGUCGAACUCGCAAAAGCACUCAAGGAGACAGAGCUCGACGUGAAAUUAGGAAAAGUUGACACGACCGAAGAACCCGAGCUUGCUCAGAUGCAAGAUAUUCAAAGCUACCCUACCCUGAAACUUUUCCGCGAUGGCGUUCCCAUCAAGUACCAGGGCAACCUAGAGGUCAGCGCCGUAUUAAAUUGGUUGACAAAGAAAGCGACUCCCCCAGCGGAAGAAAUAAAGUCCAUAAGAGGAGCCAAGAAAUUCAUCAACAAGCAUGAAAUAGCCAUCAUAGGAUUCUUCAAAGACUUUGAAAGCAAAGAAGCCGAAACUUUCUGGCACGUUGCAAACGCUAACGGUGACUACGGGUUCGGUUUCACCAACACCGAAAGUGUAUUCAAGGAGUUCAAGGCUGAAGACGGGCAAGUUAUCCUCUUCAAGAACUUCGAUGAACGCCAAAACGUCUACAAGAAGAAAAUGGACGCCAAAAAAUUGGAGGAAUUCAUUGAAGCCAGCUCUAUUCCUCUUAUCGUUGAUUACGAUGAAAAAAUUGGUCCUAAAGUUUUUGGGGGCAGCAAUAAAGAUUUCCUCGUAGCGUUCCUCAGCGAAGACGACGGUGACUACGAUAAUUACGCAGAAGAAUUUACGAAAACUGCCAAGAAAUACCGCGGAAAGAUGAUGGUAGUUACUUUCAAUGUCGAUGAACCAGAGCAAGCUCAAAUGCUAGAUUUCAUUGGACUCAAAAUGAAGGACGUACCAGCCAUGAGAAUCAUCAAGGUAUUAGACAAGGGAAUCCACAAAUACAAGCCAGAAAACCCGGAACUGAAGGACAAAAACAUCUAUGACUUUGCCAGCAAGUACUUUAAGGGUGAGGUAAAGAGAUACUUAUCCGCUGAAGAUGUUCCUGAAGAUUGGGAUGCUAAGCCUGUCAAAGUACUCACUGGCAAGAACUUCAAGAAAAUUGCCAUGGACAAAUCCAAGCAUGUUUUGGUUGAAUUCUACGCACCCUGGUGUGGACAUUGCAAACAACUUGCUCCUAUUUAUGAUGAGCUUGCAGAAAAAUACAAAAACGACAAGAAGGUUGUCAUCGCAAAAUUAGACGCCACGGCCAAUGAACUAGAAGACAUUGACAUCCAGGGUUACCCGACUCUUGUUUUGUUCAAGAAGGGAACCAAUGAAGUAAUAUAUUUCGAAGGCAACCGAACAGUUGAAGGCAUGUCCAAAUUCAUUGACUCAGAUGGCGUUGAAGGCGCGAAAGAAGAAGAAGAAGAAGAUGAAAAAGUUGAAGCAAAAAAAGGAGAUGAAGAGGGCCUAAGUAAGGAUGAGCUUUAA